AUGCAGAGCUCUGAAGGGACAUCCGAGCAGGGGCAAGGCGGUUUGUCACAGCGGCCCAUGAAUACCGACAAGGAUCCUCGGGGAUCGACCUCGAAGAGCGUCACGUGGGGGAACGACGAGGAUACUUCGGACUACGAGACUGUUGUAGAUCGCUUGAAAAGCAAGCUACGCGAGUACAACGACGCACUCGAUUGGCAAUUCAGUGGUCUACCUGUAGACGUCGAAGAGGCCACAGCCAUCCUGUCCCUAUGGGGAGAGGCAAACGAGCCCCCAGAAGCCGAGGACCUGACCUUCCUAUCUGAUCCUUCGCAGAUUCAAUGGCCGAAGCCAUCCAAGAAGGGGAAAGAAACCAUCGAAUCGGUGGAAGCAGCAACGGAAAGAGCGGAAAGUUACCAGCUACUCGCUGACUUUUACGCUGAGACAUCAAGCCAGAUCUCUGAUAUGAAGGCGGACGACACAGAACCGCCGUCUCCAAAACGACUCAGAACACUUGCUCCAGGAAUAACAUCGGAUGACACACUCGCGAACCAAAUUCAGUGCGCAGAAGCAUACAUGUCACAGGACAGCUACCCUUGGGUAGGCCCCUCGGAGAGUGCCUUUGCAAACCUGCAACACCACUGUAUCCAAUUUGACAAGCAGCUUCAGGCAUCCGGAGCUACAAAUGUGCAUGAUUUCUGUAACUCUGACCAGGGUACAGCGAUCAUGAAUGAGAUCCACAGUGCUCAACAUUCAUUGAAAGACCCCUCGUUCAAACACUUGGACCCCAUUCUCUGGUCGAUCUACUUCGUAGCCACUACGCAAUUUGACCACGAAAAUAUCAGGACAUUUGAAGAUGCAGUAAGCCAGGCAGCACCAACAGCUCGGUGGGAUCUCUUUUUCAUCAAGUGUCAAGACAUUAACAAGACUGCCUCGGAUGCCGAGGCCGACGGGUACCAUGUCGAUCUCUCACAGCGAUGCAAAUCUGCAAGCGAAGUCUCCCGCCUGUGCGACUGGUAUCUGGGAGGUAAGAAGGUGGAUACCGAGUUCGCUCGGUCUGUCGCCAAAAAGCUCAUCCGUGAUGAGCCGCCGAGCCCAGAAUUUCUAGCAGCCCUGGGCGACAGAGAUGAUGAUUCUCUGGCUAGACCUCUUUACUCGGCGUUUCUGGAACAUCUAGAAGCCGCAUGA